UAUUCCAGAGGGCCCAUGCCCCCUAAUAAAAAAAGAAGAAGAAGAAAGAAAUGAAACACCAGUGUUGUGAUGUAAGCUCAUAAUUCUUUUGAAACUUUUCACCACUAGGGAAAGCAUGACUCAGCCCAGCAGCAUUAUGAGAAGACGUCUGUUUGUUUAGAGACAAAGGAACAAGGAGCCUUAUCUUUUGAGGCACAGUCCCAUAAGCACAAACGUCCCGUUUAACUUAGAUAGUGUUGGAAGGAGUGGCAACUUUUUAGAGAACUGUUGCUGGCUAUUGUGGAAACGGUACCUCUUGAGAUUUCAUGCCCGAAAAGAAUCAAAUGAAUAAUUUACAGUGUGUUUAUUCUAGGCAAUGAUGCACUAGUGGGACCCUUAAGGUUGCAUAAGAGGAUGGAAGUAUAGAGACAGUGUUUCCUUAAGGAAUAAGUGAUGGACCAGGGAUCAGAGGAGGACAUGGAAAGCUCGUGGACUCUGCUCUCCUGGCUGGCCUCUAGUGUGCUGGUGUUUGGGGGUGCCAUGCCCUACGUCCCCCAGUACCAAGAGAUCCAGAGGACCAAUAACUUAGAGGGCUUCUCCACAAGAGUCUGCCUGGUGCUGCUCAUUGCCAACAUUCUGCGCAUUUUCUUCUGGAUAGGUAAGCAGUUCGAGCUGCCUUUGCUGCUGCAGAGUGUGGUGAUGAUACUUACCAUGUUGGCUAUGAUGCACUUGUGCUGUUCCAUCCAGACCACCAACCGAGUCAGUACCAAACAGCACCAUGUCACAGAUUUGGACAUCCGGUAUUUCUGGAGCUGGAGUUCUUUUGAAGACUACCUGAUGUUCUGCUUUGCCUUCACCCUGCUGUGUGCUUUUAUGACGUUCCUUUUUCUGGACUGGGUCUUGUUUGUGGAAGCUCUGGGCUCUUUGGCUGUGAUGUUUGAAGCCAUGCUGGGUGUGCCUCAGCUGCUACAGAACUACAACAAUCAAUCCACUCGAGGAAUGAGCAUAAAGAUGGUGCUUCUGUGGACCGCUGGUGACAUCUUUAAGACUACGUACUUUGUGAUCAAUGAAAGCCCCACCCAGUUCAUAGUGUGUGGUGCGGUGCAGAUCUUAAUUGACAUUGCUAUUCUGCUCCAGGUGGGCUACUAUGGCCAAGACUCCAGAAUCAAACUGGGCUAAUUUCACUUUUUAACAAGUAAGACGAUGUUCCCCACUUUUACACUAGGACAUACUACAUGCUACAUGCCUUCUCCAGAACAACAUGCUUUUACUUGUUGCAUUUUUUAGUAGAAAUACAUACACUACAUGAUCAAAUGUAUGUGGACACCCCUUUGUAAUGAACAGGUUUGACUAUUUCAGCUUACCCAUUGCUAGUAGGUAGAUGAACGAAAACAACCACACAGCCAUGCAGUCUCCUUAGACAAACAUUUACAGUAGAAUGGGACGUACCUUUUCUGUUCCAGCAGUGCCCCUGUGCACAAUGUGAGGUCUAUAAAGAAAUGGUUUAGUGAGUCUGGUGUGGAAGAAUUUGACUCACCCCACCUAACUGCAAUGCACCUCAUUGAGGCAUGCAUCACCUUUGUCUAAUGAUGGACUACACUCUUGAAAUGGAAUACAUAGACUAUCAUUUAACUGUCAACAAGAGCCUUCAUAAGCCAACUAACAAAGGACAAUGCAUCUAUGUGAACUUCUGCAGUUAAUCCAGGAUGGACUUCAAAGACAUUAGUCAUUAAUCUUACAGUUCAUACAAAAUCUUUGUUUAAUCACUGGCCCUUAACACUUACUUAGUUUACUAAUCUUAAACCAUGACCUGCACUGGACAUAAAUAACUAAUAUUGGCAUUUUAUUCAUGCUGUUAGCCAGAGGGGAACUGGCCCCCACAGUGAGCCUGGUUUCUCUCAAGGUUAUUUUUCUCCAUUAAUCAACAUCUUAAGGAGUUUUGUGUUCCUUGCCACUGUCGCCUACAGCUUGCUCACAGGGGUUCUAAAUACAAUUAUUAUUUAAUUAUUUAAUUUCUAUACACAUUUUACAAUCAUAUUUAAUCAAACUACACAAUAAUCACUGUAAGACAUUAUAGAUAUUACAGUUUCAUUUUUUUUUUACAUUCUUUUUUUUUUAUGCAUGAUUUUCUGUAAAGCUGCUUUGAAAUGAGGUGUGUUGAGAAAAGCACUAUACAAAUAAAAAUUACUUGACUUGACUUGACUUGAACACCUUUUGGAUAAAUUGGAAUGCUGGGAGCAAGCCAGGCCCCAUCGCCCAACAUUAGUGCCUGCCCUCUCUGAUGCUCUUUUGUCUGAAUGGAAUCAAAUACUUUCAGCCAUUCUGCAACAUCUAUUAGAAAGACUUCCUAGAAGUGUAGAGAGUAUUACAGCAGCAAAGGGGGGGCCAAAUUCCUAUUAUUGCAUAUGCACAGGUCUUAAAAUGAAGCCCAUACUGGAGAUUGUGUGACCAGACCUCACCGGUACUGACAGAUUUUAAGCCCGAACUCGACCCUAACCCGAAAUCACUCUCUCUUUAUAAUUUCUUGUCCAAGGAAGUAAAUUUGUUGCAAUAUGCUAUUUUAAGUAAACACGUAGGCAACAUUCAUAACUGUAUCGUAACAGUAAACGUACUCUACACAGUUUAAACAAGGCAUGGUGGCCCCUCAUCACACCAGAGCAAAAGGGGAAAAAACACUGUACUACCGUGAAGUGUCACAUGAAGUGCUCUUUACAGCCUGAAUUUUACAGAAUGUUGAAUCUUUGUGACACCUGUGAUUUAAAAAAGCAGCGCAACGAAUGAAAAAGGACACAGGUGUCUCGAGAUGCAUUUUUAAAAACUGAAGUUCUUUUUAACUUCCAUUCCAUUAACUCAUCCAUUCGCACGUGUCUCUAAAUGAGAGCAUGUGCAUGAAACAAGUUUUUUAGUUUUUUUAUUAAUCACAAACCCAAACUCAAGUCAUACUUGACCUGAAAUACUGACCUGAAUCUGGCCCGAAACUUGACGCGUUGGGCUCGGGUCGGGUUGGAGACCUUUAGUUCGGAUGUCCAUAAUCUUUGGACCCUGUAGUGUAUAUAUUUCCAUUUUUAUGUGACAAAAACACCAACGUUUAGUUUUUUUUUCUUUACUUGAAUUAUUACACUUCUUUCAAAGAAAACUGGAGAUGUUCCAUGCCAGUAACUUUCUUAAACCAACCAAGAUAAAAAUCCCUUUAAUUCUUCUAUUCUAUACAUCCACUCCAAACUGCAACAAAAUUAAUGACCCUUCACUUUUCUGUUUUCGAAUAUCUGUCUUUUUGCUAGCUUUUGUGAGAGCCAUUACACUCUUAGUGCAAUUAAACCAAUGUGGAACUUUGAGAGCAUGUGCCAAAUGCCUCUGCCACAACUGGAUUCAAACUGCUAGCUGAUUUAUCAUCUAUUUGUGGUCCUUUUUCAUUUUAAUGCAUUUAGAUCACUGUUACUUGCAUAGUUGCACACAAAAAGCCAUAUUUUAAACCAUAGCCUUUGAGACAAGACUAUUUGCUGAUAAAUUAUUUUAAUUCCUAAACUUUAAUUACCUUAAUAUUCUAGUGGGAAAGCAUGGGGGAAUGCCAUACAUAAAUGAAAUAAAAUUGAUUUAUAAAGUUUGAUUGCAUUGCUAACAUAGAACCAAAUAGAUUAGCUCUGUUUUAUUAUUAACACAGAUCAAUAGUUCAUUUUCAGCAAAGUAAUUUCAAAAGAUCAUUUAAUGGUCAUUCUAUAGUGUUGGUGCCAGCAUUUUACAAAUGCAGUAUAGUUUUUAAUCAAAGUUGUUCAUUGGCAAAGUUGAAUGUUAUUGUGAAAUAAUCCAGUGGAAAACAACAUUGCAUACAAACUAUUUCAGAAGUUUUCAGUAGUCUAUUUGUUUUUAGAACCCCAUUAUAAUCUAUGAUGCUGUCUACACUGGAAGCGUCUGUUGCAGCGUGUCUGUCACGGCGACAAUAAACGGAUGCCACGUUCCAUUUUACGCUGCAUGCGCUAGUGCUACUAUUCAAAUGAAACAGUUUAGAACAUUUGUGUCGACAUGUCCAGUGUAGACAGCCUCAAUCCAUUGCGUUGCAUUGUGUAAAAGGACAUGCCCAGUGUAGACAGGGUGUUAGGCUAACAUACUGUCUAACAUCAUCUUUUGUGUUUUUUUUUUUUGUUUUUGUUUUUUUGAGGAAUGAAAGUCAUACUUGAUUUUUGUGUAAACUAUUUCUAAAAAGUUGACAACAGUUCCCUCUCCACAUGACCACAACCCAUGUAUAUUGUCCACAUGUUUAUCAAUGCCCACCACAGCGAGAUGAAGGGCAGUCACAGAUAUUGAUAUUUGGACUGUUUUUUAUGUGAAAGUUGAUGGGACUGGUGAUAACAAGUGCUGUCACCUAAGCUUGGAUGCUGGUGCUGUUGAUCAUCUAUAAUGAGUUCUCAUCAUAAAAUAGUUCAACUCCAUUAACUUACCAUUCGUACAAGCACUUUGAGAUACAUACGCUGCAAAGAAAAGGUCACUAUAACUUUAAAUCCUACUUUAGUGCCAGGCUGCUCAGGGGGACACAAAUGGGGCCUUUAACAAAGCACUUUCAGAUUCCAUCUCUGUUGCUGUUCUGACUUUCUCAUUUUAUCCCUGCCUACAUUUCACUUUAGGUAUUUUGAAAUGUUGAUGAAAGGUUUAAGCUGUAUAUCUGGCCCAAGCAAAUCUCAAAACAACAUAUUUAUUCAUAGAAAAAUAUGUGAGCCCACCCCCCUAAAAAAAACAUGGACAAUACAUUGCAAUAUGCAAUUUGUUCUAAUUGCAUAUGGAAAUAUGUGCCUGUAACUUAUGUUAAGUUGGACAACGAACAUCAUUUUUGUCCAGUCUGACAGUUCCGUUACACACCACACUCCACCAGAUCAAAGUUUUAUUGCUCAGAAGGUUGCUCUUUCACAGCUUAAGAGAUUUAAUGAAGUCAUACCAGUUAUGCUUUAUUUAACCAUUAACUAUUAACAAAUAAAAAUAGACACCAAUGAAGCAGUGGUAAAAUACAGUAUAUAGAGCUUAAAAAGUAAUGUGUAAAUAAUUCUAAAUCACCAAAAACUAGCUGUUACAUCCAAAGAUAUUCUUGUUUAGUUCAACACUCAUGGAUAUAUUUCUAUUUUAUCUGUUUAUAUUUGCCAAUUUUCAGUGUUUUAUUUUUUUGUUUGUUUGUUUGUUUGUUUGUUUGCACUUGGCUGGUAAAUUGCUUUGCCAAGCUCUUCUCUCAUGUUCAAAGAGGAAAUCGCACUGAUGAGCAAGAUAACAGUCUAUUAUGUGUUUAAUGUUGUGUGAUAAUGACUGCUUAAUGUUGUCUUAAUGGUCUGAAUAAUUUUUAUCAUUUCAUUCUUGUCAGAAAGAUGCAUUUUUGACAUAAAAAAACAACCUGUCUUCAUGAACACAUCAUUAUUGAUUCAAUAAAUAUCCUUUUAAGAGAUAUCAAGAUCAGCACAUUCUGUAUUCAACCUUUAGUUUUGCAUUUGAAUGUACAGGUAUUGUCAUGUAUGCAAGUGUUACUGUAUGAAAGAAUUCCUAUGUUCGCGAUAAAGAACACAUAAAAAUAACCAAAGAAUUCUUUGUACUUUGUCCUUGAUUUUAUGUAAUCUAUUUAUUUGUCAUCUACCUAUCCUUGAACCUGCAACCACAUUCCUGCUGUGCGAAUACUGGAUGAACCUACAGUACACAGCAUGUUAUGAAACAAGAUCUAUAUUGCUUGUUUAAUUACUUUUUAUUUACAGAACUCUUCAGAUUUCUUCAGAAGCUUCAGAAACAC